AUGUUUAGUGGUAAACAAUCGAUUAAAAUUGUAUUAGAUUCUCAACAUGUUUUAUAUGGUGAUUUAACAUUAGUACCGAAUUCCAUUGGUAUAGUUCUAUUUGCUCAUGGUAGUGGUAGUUCACGUUUAUCACCUCGUAAUCAAUAUGUAGCUGAACAAUUAAAUGAAGCACAAAUAUCGACAUUUUUACUUGAUUUAUUAACUAAAAAUGAAGAAAUUGAAGAUGAUAAAACACGAAAAUUAAGAUUUAAUAUUCCAUUUUUAGCCGAUCGAUUAUCACAAGUCACUGAUUGGUUAUAUCAAAAUGAUAAAAAUAUUCAAAACUUAUCAAUAGGAUAUUUUGGUGCAAGUACAGGUGGUGCAGCUGCUAUUAUAGCUGGUGGUAUUAAACAACAAAAACGAACAAAAGCAAUUGUAUCAAGAGGUGGACGACCAGAUUUAGUUCCUACGGAACAACUGAAUCAAUUAACUGUUCCAACAUUAGUAAGAAAAAAAAUAUAA